AUGCGCAUAGACCGAACAUUACCAGUUAGAUUAGAUCUUACGCUUGAGUUAGCAUCAGCACAUAAUGUUUUUAGACAGUUCUCUGAUAGGAUCGACGGAUGUCCCAACUCGCAUAGGGGGCUGCUGCUGUCUAGUGCCGUGGCGAUUGCGAACGUUCAAUCGACGACCUCGGCAUUGACCUCUCAUCCUCAGUCUUAUCAUACACACAUCCAUACACAGAUAUAUACCAGAUCGAUACCCAUAAAUUCCAUAACCGAAUCGCCUUCUCGAUUAGAAUAUAUUCCGAAAGGGAUUUCAACAUUCUUCACUAUGAUGCAUUGUACAACGGAUUAUUUGUUUGUUCCACCAUUUAUGGCAUAUCCAGCACCGGAUAUCUCUUAUAAUGCCCCAGCAAAUCGACUCAGUCAAUCUCUACUUCAUCUGCACGUUGUCGGAUCAACACCUCAAUUUACCUCGAUUUCCGUUGCUGGAAGUCCUGUUUUCUCUAACUACCUACUCAGUGUUCGCCCACAAAAACAAACAAAUACACCGAUCUCGAGCCCAAAAUCAUUAAUCAAAUUGUUGAGAGGUUUACGGCUUAGUGAAGAGCAGCUUGUAUCAAAUAGUUUCCCACGUUGGAAAAACGGCGAUAGGACAAAAGCCGUUGUAGUACCAAGUUUUUUCGACACUGUAAAUGGGCGAAGAGAGUUCAUUCCAGAUGAAGAUACAAGACGCAGAUGCGUCCGAUGUCAUGCUCCAUACCGAUUGCCUAGUGACGGAAGAAAAAGAAUAGAUUUCUGCAUACAUCAUGCAGAACCAGCAGUAUUUUCUUCAGAAGUGAAAACACACCCCUGUUGUGGUAGAGCUCAAGGAGUAGCUGGAUGUCAACACGCCGAAAGCCAUGUAACCGACACCAUGAGAGAAUCUGUGCUUUCCGAAUUUUACGCCACUCCCGAGCCCGCAGGUCCUUCGGAUCCCCGGACAGAUGCUUUUUAUGCUCUCGACUGUGAAUUUGUCUAUACAACAUGGGGAAAAGAAGCAGCUAGAGUUACGAUGGUAGACGAGUACGGUAACGAAGUGGUCGACUGCGUAUUUCGUCCCGAGCAUGAGCUUGUGGAUCCAAAUACACGGUACUCUGGAUUGACAGCCGAAGAAAUUGAAAGCAGCGGGACCACAUUGAGUGACGUCAGAGAAAUCCUAUUUGAAUUGAUCAAUUCUGAAACGAUAUUGAUUGGACAUGCUCUUGAAAAUGACCUCAAAGCGUUGAGAAUCGUUCAUGAUAAUGUGAUAGACACUUCAGUACUAUUCUCGCGCUCUAGUGCUGAGGGACGUCGUUUCAAGAGAAGUUUGAAAUCGUUGGCUCGAGAAAAAUUGGAUAUGGAAAUUCAAAGUGAAGCUGGUGGCCAUGAUAGCGGUGAAGAUGCGUGGGCUGCCAUGCGGCUAGUACUAAGAGCAGUAAAAUCAGCUGUGCCAUAGAAAAAAUACAGCAGAGUGCCUUAGUGGUUUUUUCUUUUUUAGAUCUGAGAAGUUUUGUUGAUAUGUCAAUAUACAGUUUUUUGAACUACAUUCUCUUGUUUCUUCCUUGUAAAUAUAUGCAAUGGUAUUGUGUGUUUAUUACUACCUUAUCAGUAAAUUGUAUUUUUUCCUUUCUUUCUUCCUAUCUAUGUAGUUUUAGUGUAUGGUCGUAAUUGUGAGAUAAUCUUGAUUGAUUCCGUCUAUUGUCUAUUCCAUUAUAUGAUUUGAAAACUAACAUAAACAAUGAAAUCUCAAGUACUUCCA